UGUCGAGUUUCUUUUCUUUCAUGCAGCGUUUAUUCGCGGUAAAGGCGCUUUUUUAUGGAGACGAAUCCAGCCCGUAUAUUUAGAGCAGCCGGGGAGCGAGCGCGCUCUCGUGAGCCUAAGAUGGCCGCCGAUGCGGGAUCGAUGUUUCAAUAUCGGGAGAAAUUUGAUCCGCGGCGCCUCCAGUUCCCGAUACAGACGACUUCCACGUAAGGGGGCGGUUCGACCCGACCUGCUGUCGAAGCGACCCGUGAAUUUCGCAUCUCGGUAGUCCACGUUGUGACCUCAGACUCUGAUGGUCUCAGGACUGAAGCAACAUCUUCAGAGAAGUUCCCUCGGAAGACCCCAUUCCCAUGCCGGAAGGACGACCGACACUGCUCCAGAGCUCAGAGGCUGCGGGUCAGAACAUGGUCAGAGGGCUCAACAGGCACCGGGGGAAAUGCCCCAAGUCAACUUCUGUCCCAGAACUUCCAGAGGAAGGACCAGCUGAGGCGUCGUCGGAGGGUAACGGUACAGAGGCCGCCAACGGGGACGUUUAUCCCAAAAAGAGCCACGUGGACCCAACAGACGAGGAGCUCGAAGAGGCUGAGAUGGCCUUAGCGGCGAGGCUUGCAGAAGCUGAGGAAAGCACCGGGGUUCUUCAGUCGGCGCUGACCGCCACGCAACGAGAGCUGCUGGACCUGCGGCGUAGAUACGACAAGGAGAUGGCCUCCAAGGCUGCAAAAAUCCGAGCGAUGACGGCGGACUUGAAGAGGGCCGACCAGAGAGCUCAAAUAGCUCAGAGGGAGGUGAGGAGACUCAAGGAACAGCUGGCAGGGUGCCCUCCUACAAAAGCAGCCAGUAUGGAGAAGGCAGAGCCGAGGCCCGGGCCGACGCGGCUGGAGGCGGCCCUGCUCGAGAAGGACAGGGAGAUCGCGUGCCUCCGGGAGGAUGUGCAGACGCUCCGGCGCGUUCUGCAGGACGCCCGGGAGAGCUCGGCCAGGCAGAUCGCCGAGAUGGAGCGGCAGCUGGCGAACAAGACGGAAGCGAUAGAGAGGCUGGAAGCCAAACUUGGGUCUCAGAUGGAUUACGAAAAGAUUAAAACUGAACUCAGCAUCCUGAAAGUAAGGGUGGCGUCGGGCAGUGGCACCUGUUCGCAGGUGUCCCCUGAAGUCACAGAAGCUCCAGACAAGGAAGCAGCCCUGCCCUCCCACCAUGGCCCGGCGGAGAGACACCAUCUCCUGCGCCGCUCUGACGAAGGACAAUCUCUGAGGGAGUCCCAGGCCUCUCCUCUCGGAACCGUACAGGCGGAUGAGCAAACCUCGGCAAGCCCUGGACCUCCAGCUUCCUCCGGUUUCUCCCAACCAUCCUACUCUCCAUGUCCUUCUGAGAAGCAGGGUGGGGACCCGCUGGUGCCAAGGGACCUCCUUUUGCUGCCUGGUAGGAAGGAUGGCUCCUGCCUCCUUGCCUUCCGUACCAGUCCUCACUUGUCUGCGAAGCCUUGCCUUACCUCGACUAAUCGAUGCACGGCUGGGGGCGGUGCCAUGGAUGGGGAGGCGGGGCCCGCCAGCGACCAAUCGGAGAGCGGGAACGCGUCCGCGGGGGACGAAGAGCCCGUGGAAACGUCGGAGAUCGCCCACCAGGUGAAGGAGCAGCUUCUGAAGCAUAACAUUGGGCAGCGGGUCUUUGGCCACUAUGUUUUAGGCCUGUCCCAAGGCUCUGUCAGUGAGAUCUUAGCCCGACCCAAGCCCUGGGACAAGCUUACUGUCAAGGGCAAGGAGCCCUUUGUGAAGAUGAGGCAGUUCCUGUCGGACGAGCAGAACAUCCUGGCCUUGCGCACCAUCCAGGUUCGCCAGCGAGGGAGCAUCACGCCUCGCAUCAGAACUCCAGAAACGGGUUCGGACGAUGCCAUCAAGAACAUCCUGGAACAGGCCAAGAAGGAGAUCCAGUCCCAGAAAGGAAAUGAUGGGAAGUCGUCCCUGAGGGGAACCUCAUCUGGUAGCGCCAGCAGUACCAGUGGAAGCAGCAGCGGCAGCUCAGACGACACCAUCAAGAGCAUUUUGGAGCAGGCGCGCCGUGAGAUGGAGGCUCAGCAGCAGCAGCAGCAGGCCUUGCAGGAGAUGGACUCUAGCAGAUGGGGUGUCCCAGAGCCGCUGCCUGGCUCGGUGAAGCAAGAAGAGGGGGUGGUGGCAGGUGCAUGCGCAGCCAGUCCUGCUGAAGGCCCCCAGGCACCGCUUGGCGUCCUCUCCCCUGCUGCCUUCGUCCAGAACAUCAUCCGUAAGGUAAAGUCUGAGAUCGGUGAGGCUGGAGCCUACUUCGACCAGCACUGGUCGUCAGAGCGGGACCCAACGGGAACGCGCCCCUUCGUCUCCACUUCGCCAUCGCUCUCGUCUUCCUCCUCGCCCUCUUCCUCUGGCCAUCGGCCCUGGCCCUGUCCGGAGAAGAGGGAUCGCCUGCCCAGCGGCAAGGAGGAAGCGGAAGAUGUGGGGCCGCGGCAGAUGGAAGUGAAAACGGAAGCCCAAGAGGUGCCAGCUAGCGGGGACUCCCAGGGUGCUGCUGGGAUGUCCUACUAUGCGACGUACAUCCCGCGUGCCCUGAAGCCCACCGUACCACCCCUCACACCUGAGCAGUACGAGACGUAUAUGUAUCGGGAGGUGGACACAAUCGAACUGACGAAGCUGGUGAAGGAGAAGUUGGCCAAGAAUGGCAUCUGCCAGAGGAUCUUUGGUGAAAAGGUUCUGGGCCUGUCCCAGGGCAGCGUGAGUGACAUGCUGUCCCGACCCAAACCCUGGAGCAAGCUGACCCAGAAGGGUCGAGAACCCUUCAUCCGGAUGCAGCUCUGGCUGCUGGACCAGUUGGGUCAAGGAUUGAAUCAGUUAUCCAGUCAGAGCCUCUGCCUGGAUCCCUCCCCCACGGUGUCCUGUUCCUCACCUUCCCCAUCUCCGAGUCCAGAGGAGGAACAUCCUGACCCGGCAGCAGAGCCCAUCUGCCUGGCGCUGGAGGGCUGCAAGGAGAACCAAAGGCCUGGUGGCCCCACACUUAUCCCGGAGCCACACAGCAGCAAGCCCACCCCAAGCGGGGUGUCGCCACGGCUUCCUCCACACAACGGUGUGCUGGGCAUCCAGGAAAUGGUAGCGUUGUCCCCUGAGCUGGACACCCAACUGGUGACCAAGAGGGUGAAGGAGGUGCUUACGGACAACAACCUGGGUCAGCGCUUGUUCGGGGAGAGAGUCCUGGGCCUGACGCAGGGCUCUGUUUCAGACCUGCUCUCCAGACCCAAACCGUGGCACAAGCUCAGUCUGAAGGGGAGGGAACCCUUUGUCCGCAUGCAGCUGUGGCUCAACGACCCCCACAAUGUGGCCACGCUGAGGGACAGCAAAAAGAUGGAGAAGAAAGGAUUUCCUGUCUCCUGCGCAGCCUACAUGAAGCGGCGGUAUGGGCUUCCGGGUCCGGGUUCGGACAGCGACUCUCCCGGCGGCUGCUCUGAUAGCAUGAGUCCGGGUCUCCCUGGCGCCGACGUGUCCCCGUGUAGCCCGGCCAAAAAGCCUCGCGUGGUGCUUGCCUCCCGAGAAAAGGAAGCACUGAUAAAGGCCUACAUCCUGGAGCCCUACCCCUCCCAGCACACUAUGGAGAUGCUGGCAUCCCAGCUCGGCCUCAAGACCAACACCGUCAUCAACUGGUUCCACAAUUACAGGUCUCGGAUGCGGCGAGAGGUUCUGCGGGAGGGAGCGCAGGACAAUGACGUGGCGACGGAGCCUCCCCGCUUCGUCCGUUCUGCACCGAGCCCUACCUCGAACCCCAAAGAGAAGCAUGAGACGGCCAGCAAUGGGGCCUGCUGUGGUCGCCCCCUUCCUGCUAGUGAGUGCAUAGUUACUGUCAAGCUGGAGGCGAAGGAGGAGUUCUCAAGGCAUGAGAGGCACACGAACCACAGCAAGAGCGCUUGUCUCUCAGGAGGCGUCCGCUUGGCGCCGCUGCUGAAAAAGGAGCGCGAGGGCCGUCCCGGCCAAGGCCCGGUGCCUCUCACAGAAACCCCUUGCCCCGAAAGUCCACGGAAAGCGAGCCUAUGUCGGCAAGAGGAUAAGGACCUCGAAAAAUCCUCCGUGGACCCUGCGAGUUUCAAGGCGUCUUCGGAGCCUUGCCGUGGCUGCCUGGGGGUCUCCAACUCCCCUUCCGCUGCCUCUUCGCCGGGCCUGGUAGUGUCCGUAUCUCCCAUCUCGUCCUCCUCUGCGCCCAUCUCCCCUGCCCCAGUCAACGCCCGGCCUACAGCCAACGGGGACGUAGAACCCUCGCAGGUCGCCAGCUCCAGGCUUAACAGGAGCGCUCAGAGACGUAACGAGAAAGUGGCCAACCUCAACAGCAUCAUCCACCGACUGGAGCGUGCCGCCAACAAGGAGGAGACGCUCGAGUGGGAAUUCUGAAGUUCCCCGCCUUCGCGCCUUUUCCUGCGUCGCGUCUCUCCGUUUUAGACUUGCCGCGGUCCUGCUGUACCACUCGUCCUUAGUAGGUCGGGUGAGGUAAGCUUCACAAAUGGUGCUCUUUACCUCUCGGGACGUGGAAGGUGGGGCCUAAGCGAAUGGGAGGAGCUUCAGGUUUGCUCAUGGGGCUUCUCGCCAGCCUGCCUUCGUCCUGCCCUUCCGCACCUUCAGCAAAGGCGUGGACUCGGUGAUCCUUACGAUACUUCCGAAAAACUACUUCAAAGAAGAGAUUUUAGAAGAAUCUUUAUUUAUAAAUUCAUUUUAUGUAUUUUAAUAAUGGACCCUACUUUGAAAUUCACGUAACGGCUGCUGUGUUGGUUUUAAUAAAGCAGGAAGAAACGAGACACUUGUCUUCUGGAGAAGACUGCAGAGUCAUGAAAUGCACUCUGAUUGCCACCAGUUGAGAUUAUACAACUUGUCUUAAGCCAUUGAAAUGCCGUAGAAGCGCAGAGCAAGAGGCUGGUUAAAUUGGGCGAAUUUCACUUUCUUUUGUUUUCUUCUCGUUCUAUUGGAAGAGGUUAAUGAAACUAACAAAUUAAAACGUCAUUGUGAAAUAGUCCUUAAAGACUCUAAAUUGCUAAUAUGUAUGUGCUUAGUUUCCUGGUGAUAACGUUUUUUUUGCAAAACUUGCAACACAAACUGUUUUUUGUGGUUUUACAUGUUGUAGUGUUGCUGAUCAAGGCCCUCGCUGAGCGUAGUACAGAACGGUGUAAAAAAUGGCCUUGUUUCCCCAAUACUGACUCUAUUUGAGGAGUAAAAAUUAAAAAAAAAAAAAAAGUACCAGUAACCUGAUAUUGAAAGGAUGACCUUGUUGAGCCCUAUUGGUUUGAGAACACUGCGGUUUAGGCUUCUAAUUAAUGUUUUUACCUCAAAGGACCCUAGUGCACUACACCCAGUCCCUGAUGAAAUUACCUUGAGUCUAGAAACCGUUCUCAUGCUUUUAUGCAUCUUUGGCUUUUUCGUGUUACCCUGUUCUUACCUGUACUGAAACAUCAUCGGAAAAGUAAAAUGCAGCUUGUGGUCGGGCAGAUAAAGGUUACUUCUGAACAUCUCCUUGGCAUCUGCAACACUGGGGUGGGGUGGGGAGUAAUUUGACUGAAAACUAAAAACCAGUUAUGAUGCAUAGCACCAGUUAGUGGGGAAGAUACCACAACCACAAAGUCCUUUUUACCCAAAUACUGAGAUUAAAUUUUAAAUGGGGCAAAACCAUCUGCUUUCACCUACUGUUUGAUUUUAUGAACGUAGCCUAUGGACAACCUACUGAAAUGCUGUUGAAAAGUUUUAAAUAUGAUUUAUUUCCUCAGCGAUUAGAUGAUAUUUACAUGAUUUUGAUUGGCAGGUACUUUUUACCCCAAAGGGACAAUUGAAUGACUUAUUCAGAUUUUAGUAAGAUUAUACACAGCUUUUUUGGGGGGAAAAGGAAAAAAUUCCCUUUAAAGAGUUUUGUGGAGAAAUUGAUGUUUGUAUGGUAGCGUCCACUGUUUCUCAGAGAGAUAUUAUCCGCACUUCGGAGUGUAGGAUGUUUGCAAAGUAAUGGGAAGAGUUACGAAUGUGACAUAUUUGCAUUUCUUUUUUUAAUUCAGUGUCCUCCUGUUGUCUGAAUUGUAUUGCUGAUACAUUGAUGUCUGUUUUAUAUGAGUCAUAUGUACAGUAUAAACAAGUUAAAUGAAUAUUUCACUCUUUAAAUGAAUUUAUCUGUUAUCAAAAUUGCUUCCCAUGAAUUAAAUCUUUGCUCAGGAGUCAUAAAUUUACUAAAUGGUCACUUCACGUAAAUGCAGUUUAUUACUUUAAAUUUAAAGUCAUUGACAAAUUUAUUUAGUUAUUCACGGUAAUAGAAGUGGAUUGAUUUCCAGGGUUUUGGUUAGUGGGCAAGAAUCUCACUACCAUGUUUCUUGCAUAAUAUGCACUGUUUUUUAAAAUGAAAUGGUAAAGAUAUAGUUGGGUCAAUGGAAGUGGAAAUAUUUUUUUUUGUUUGCUAUUAAGUUCCUGGAAGAAACUGGGCGGUUCUUUAUUUUCAAACUCUUUGCCCGUUGUCCCAUUGAGAAGAACCUCUGAAACUGCCCUUGAUCCGUUACUUUCGGCUCGUGCAGCCGACCGGUCUUUGUGUCAACGUGAGGUAAACCGUCCAGAGAGUAAAGUUGAAGUGUGAUCAAAGUGUAAACUUACGGACUCACUAUUUAUUAUAAUUCGUAUUGAUUACGUUACAUAUCCUGUUCAAAAUGUCAUUGAUCGCUGGAGUGGGGGGGGGGCAUAUAUGCAACUAUAUGUUUUUAUUAUUGGUUAGAUGCUGCUGUAUGUAUAACUUUUAACAGUAUUAGAUGUGAAGUAUGAUACAAGGCGAACAUUCACACAAUGAGAUAGUUAGAUUUUUAAAAUCAUUGAAGAACAUUAUUGAGCACUUAGUUCUCUUGAACUAUAUUCCUUGGUGACUUUUGCCAAACCGACCACAGGUAUCGCUAUAAUAUUAAUAAUGUGGUACCCUUUACACCAGGAGUGGGUAACCCUGGUCCUGGAGAUCCAUUUUAAUUUGUAAUGAAUUUACAUGUGAAACACACUCAAGGUUACUGACUAUGCAGUGAAUUACUACAGUAGGCUGCGGUAAGGACCGGCCAUCCCGGAUCUCUAAGGGGAGCUCGAAAGGUUUGUAUGAUGCUCUGCAUUAACUGACCACUGGACACUGCAGCUCUC